UGACUUGCGUUUGAAGUCGUUCUCUUCUUUCGAAGCUUUUUUAUUUCGAUUUUUCGCGACUGAGAUAUAAACAAGGCAAUGGACACUGCUUUGGAAGUCGUGAGGUUAAUCAUGGAGUAUUUUGGUUGGGAAAGAGACGCAUUAAUCGGAGUAAGUUUAUAACUGUUAUCUUGAAAUUCCAUUGCACGUUUGAGUUACCAGCUAGUAUUUUUACCGUUUUAUUUUUUAUUUUAGGAUUUACUUCUCAGAGGUGAAACAAUGAGAGAACGCAGAAGAAGCAUCGUCCGACAAAUCGCUCGAUUUCUGUCGAAUUAUCGGUUCUCCUUGUUCACCAAACGAAGCCUAAUUCGCGAAAUUGGCAGUCGUCUGCCGCUGAAGCCUUGUGAAAGACCGUAUUUUGAGGUAAAUCUUACGCAAUAAGAAAGUCAGUGUUAUGUAUAACUGAGAAGAAAAUCCCUCGAUUAAUGAUGCUUAGGCUUAAUACCUUAGUUUUUAUACACCAUAUAUUUUACAAUGUAAACUAGUCUCUACUAGGACAGUAUAAAAUGUUAGCCUAUUGUAUAACAAAGAUCUUUUGUUUUCUUUGCGUAGCCCUAUUAACCGGGAAUGGUUUAUAAAUUUACAUUUUCUUUUUAGCUAAUUCGCUUUUUCUUUUUAAUUCUCAUUUUAUUGCAUAAUCCCUGACAUACGAUGAAAACUUUUGCACUCCCCGAGAUCUCCCUCCCCCACCCCUUUCCCGAAAAAUUCUUCCCCCGUCGGAAUUGAAAAGCUGUGGUGACCGCGGGAAUCUAGAGAGUUGUUUGCUUGUCGACUUUCACCGCCCGUCGUUAGCCUGUGUACAUCCAUCCUAGGAGUGCAAGGUCGCUCAUUUUUCGCCCCUUUGCCAAAGUGCCUAGGAGAGCUGUAGAUUUUUCUAUGGAGGACUAGAACGUAAAAGCAAAAAUAAAAAAGUUCUUUGCUAGGCAAGAUUACUGCGGAACGAUUAUAAACAGGCAAGUGAAUUGGUCAUAGCCUUUAUUAAAAUUAGGUGGCUCUUAAAAGAGCCGUUGUUUUGUCUUGCUUCUUCUCCUCACUCUACUUGCUACUGGUGUAUUUGGUCACGGCCUUCGUUCCCUCGCUCACAGCAUGUUUGGACAGUUCACCGGGCAAAAGAAGUCGUACAGCCGUCUGGAUUUCACGAGAACUGAUGGUAUUUCUCUUAUUGUAGUGAGCUAGACGAGAGGCUUCCCCGGCAACUCGUUCGAAAACAUCAUUUACAAAUGAGUUCAUGAUGCCCAUGGCCUUGCUUGAGAUGCCGGUAUCAGGAUGAACCUGUCGGAGAACUUUGUAGAUGUAAAUUGAGUAGCUCUCCUUUCGUCUUUUGGACCUUUUCUUCUUGUCACCCGAAGCUCUCUUUCCAGCUUUACUAGCUUUCUUCGCACCGGCUUUUGGGGGCAUUCUCUUUUCUCUUAGCUAAAACUUUUUGAAGGCGAUCAAACUUGCAAAAUCUACACGAUUUGUGAAGCUGAAUGUUCGAUGUGCAAAAAUUUAUAGAAAAAUAAUGUAUGGAUCGAAAAAUAUCAGGAUCGAAAAUGACGCUCUCUGAUUUGCUGGCACAGUUUUAGCUUCCCGCCUGAGGAAGCGUAAGUGAUUUUCUCUCAAGUUGAUUGGCUAGAAUAUUCUGUGAUUGACAAGAUUGUGAAAGCGAUGGCAGCUCUCCCAUUGGUUCUUUUCGAUCCAUCGAGGUGAAUAAAACAGCUUCAGAACCGCACUAUUGUACCUGUAAGUUUUACGAUUUUGGUGAUUUGUGGGUUUCAUUCGAAGUUUUCUUAAGUUUUGCAAUAAUGACGGGCCGAGGUAAAUCCGGUAAAAGCCGUAGCAAAGCAAAAAGUCGCUCUUCUCGAGCUGGUCUUCAGUUUCCAGUUGGCCGAGUUCAUCGUCUUCUUCGCAAGGGGAAUUACGCUCCGCGCAUCGGUUCAGGAGCUCCGGUUUAUCUAGCCGCAGUUCUUGAGUACUUGUCCGCUGAAAUCCUUGAGCUCGCUGGUAACGCUGCUCGGGACAACAAGAAGACCAGGAUUAUCCCACGUCAUCUUCAACUUGCUGUGAGAAACGAUGAAGAGCUGAACAAGUUGCUCGCCGGUGUCACCAUCGCUCAGGGUGGCGUUCUUCCCAACAUCCAAGCUGUUCUCCUGCCAAAGAAAUCAGAGAAGAAAAGCAAACAGUAAAAGAAGUUAAAAAUUUCAAACAAAACGGCUCUUUUAAGAGCCACCAAAAUCACGAAAGCGAUGACUAAUGAAAUAAAUUUUUGCGUUUUAAACUAACACAUGUUUCCUGAAAACUGGUGAUAAGCUUAGUUUCUAUCAAUAUCCUAAGGUAUCCUUUCCCUCGAAGGAAUCUUCUUUUCUCACAAAAUGUGUAGACGCUAGAGAAGGUUUCAAGGCGAUGCCUCUGAUCAGAAGCGUUCGAUCCUGGCAAGCAGCAAAUUUUUAUAGCCUCUCUUUCCGCUCCGUGCUGAAAGUCAUCUCUUCAAAAACCUGGUCAGUAAUAGACUAUAGAUCGUUUUCACUGUCACGCAACAAAAAAAUAAAUUGGAAACCGUCCAGUGGAAGAAGCCGAGAAAAUGGCAUGUUACAAAAGACUAAUAUAUAAACAAUUUGUCCAAGUCUCAGGUCUUUGUGGCCCACAGUUUCUGAGUUAUUUGCCGAAACGUUUCACGCACCCUUGUAGAGCUUUGUAUGGAGACGCCAUAUUGGUGUACCGUUUUGGUCCACCAAUAUGGCCGCCGGAAAUCAACAAAACAUCUGGAGUUCACUUUUUCUAUAAAAGCUCUUUCUUUUCACUCGAGAACCAGCCUACGUGCGCAUAAACAUAUCUUGUAAUACUUGAAAUGGUUAUACUGCUGAAAAUCAAGAGGAGAGACUUUUUUCAACGAGACAGCAUUCCUGUUUUGGUGUCACGCACUGUGAAAACUCGGAAGUUCGUAUUGCUGUAUUUUCGAAAUGAAACAUGCUACGGGAAUGGAAACUUGAACAAAGAUUUAUUUUUUGUUUAUCUUCAACCUAGUCUAAAUAAGAAUUCGUAAAACCUCGCUGUUUUGACUUAACAGUUUGAUGACAUCACUGUGAAAACCAUCUAUAAGCGGAAAGAGUUCAAAUUUGGUGCCCGAGCACGGACACUAAUGUAAACAGAACCUACCUUGUACUCGGGCACUAAAGUGGGUACAGGUUCCCUGUGUGCACACUGUUUUUGUUAGUUACGGGGCAACCGCAAUCCACCGCUUUGUAAUCCCUGCAAAGCCCACGUUUCUUUCAAAAUGGCGUCUGACAGAGCGAAAGAGACUACACAGUAACGGGUGAACACAACAUUGCCUGGGCACUAGUUCUCGGACACCAAGUGUGGUCAGCCUAUAGAGUCAGUUCGGCUCAAAAAUCAGCCCAAACAGUAACUUGGGUGGUGGCUCACGAUAAUAAUAACAGGGCACCCUGCGAUGUUUGCAAAGUUAUUUUUCUCCCCGCGAUCUUUUCUUCUCCCGCAAAACAUAAUGAUUACAGGUAUACAUUUUUAUGGAUGAUUUCUUUUUGUUUUUUAGUUAAAUAUACCACGGAAUGAACGGGAAUAUGAUGGAAAGCCACUUUCUCAGAUGUUUAUGGCAUCUUUAGCAGAUGUUGGCUGGAUAACGGAUGAUGACGACUUAUCGUCUGAAAUUGUCAUAGACGAGGAGGAAUAUUACGAAAUCACGAGCCCAGAAAAGGAAUUGCAACAACUGCCACUACCCAACCAAUCAGGUGACGUGAAAAAGGAAAAUAUACCAGAGGAGGCCAUGCAAAAGAUUUCGGCUUUGGAGGAUGAGUUACAGAAACUUCGAGCUCAAAUUGCAAUGAUGGUUGUUGCUGUUCCCACAAAUCAAAUGUCUACUCCGUCAACUCCAAUGGGGGCAGGAGCACCCCCUCCCCCUCCCCCACCGCCACCCCCUCCACCAACGCCUAUGUCGACACCGCUGAAGCCAGUCUCACAGAUCAUUAAAGAGGUUUGUGCACAAAAUGAGCAAACUGCGAUUUUAAAAAAAGCCUGUGAAUUCAGAGAUCUCUUAGUCUGUAACAACGUCUGUAACAACGGUUUCAGUAGAAAUUAUAGUUACAAUUUUAGAUAAAAUUGUAGUUAAGUACAUACCAAAUUAAUUUGAAUCUAUACGACCCUUGUUAGCUGCGUGGGUAAUUAAAAGAAGCGGAGUACAUACCCUACCCUGUAUUACGAAACAGACCUCACUACACUCUAGCUUACAGUUUCCUUAGACUUGCUAUUAGCCUGCGUAGCUGGCGUUUAAUUUUUUGGGUUUUUUAUAGCCGCGCAAAAGUUAAACUUAGAAAGCUUCACCGAGGUCGAAACAGAAAAAGAUGGAGGGUGGGGUGAGGGGAGAAAGCAGUGACUGCUCUCUCACCCGGCUCCCUCCCACAUCGUUUUCUUUUUCGUCCUCUCUUCAGUACCUCUAAGUGGGGGUUCUAAGCGAACGAAGCGACUGACCCUCGCGUAAAAAUACUUGUGCCGACAGUUUACAUGCGGAAAAAGCGCCAAAAAAAUUACUUAUUUAUUUAUUUACUUAUUUACCAACAACAGAACAGAGCAAGACGAUUGUCACUUGCACCAGGAUCUUUAAUAGGACCAGAACAGUCCACUGGACCCAGUUUACCAAAUAUGGCAGAUGUCCUCAAGGGACUGGGAAAGGUGAAACUUCGGUCUGUUGAGAGGUAUGUGCAAGAAAGUUCUAUCGGAGGGAGAAGUCUUGAAACGUUUUGUAAACUUAGGAUCUGCUUUUAAAAUCUUUAGUCAAGGUCAGGUGUCAACUUAACUUUAAUCUUCUCUGCUAACAAAUUAUAUUUACCCACAAACUGUUGUAACAACAACGCCUUUUUAUUUUGAGGGUAACAAGGAACAAGCAAAGUUGUUUUAGAAACGAGGGAAGGUCCAACUUGAUCAUUAAUCAAAUAGAAGCCAAUACAGUUCUCAAAUUGAAGUCUAAUUUGAAAUGAAGAAAAUCACAAACACAAUUCUUAGUGUUUUCCAACACAUCCUUCGUUGAUUACGCAGUUGGGUAGGCAAAAAUCUAUAAAUCAAGUCGAAGCAGUUAAAGAACAUUCAAAAGAAAACUGUAGAAACCUACACAGUAUUCAAGGACUGCAGUAAAAAGCUGUAGCUAGUAAGCUUACUAUAGUAUUAAUAUCAGAUCACCAGGUGGAACACCCGUAAGGAAACCUCCUAUCACUGCAGAUGCUACUGAUCCUGCCUCAAUCAUAGCACAGGCUCUAAAGAAAAAGUUUGCGCAUCGAAGACGUCAUGACACGAGCUCGCCAGGUAAACUACACCUUCCAAGAUGUUGCGGGACAGCGGGAACUUUGGGCCACUUUUUUCCGAGCAGCGGUGGGCACGAGCCAGUGGGAAUAGCACUAGUGUGCCGGGAGAGGGGCGGAAAAUAUCACUUAAAGUGUUCAAAGGGAAAAGUACCUAUCUAAAUGUUUCAUCGAAAAGGCUGAAAAUUUCGCUAUCCUGUCCGCCUGCCACAAAAUCAGAUUAACAUUCAAUGCGUGAAAUCCGCGGGGAGGAGCUCAUAAUCGGAUGUAUUUUUUGUUUCCAGGUAGGUCGGCCAACAACUGGUGGCUUACAAGUGGGAGGAGGCUUAAAACGAUAACGAUAUUUGUUCUGAUUUCCUUUGUGGAUCCUUUCUGGAAAUUCAAGGGAAUUUAAAAAUCUGGGCAGGAUGCUUUGAAGGGGACCAAAGCGUAAAGCAAUUUCAAGUUCAAAUAUUGAAUCAUAUUUUAUUUAUCAGAUAUCAAUAAGGAAAACAGCAGUCCGGGCGGGUCACCAUUUGGUACCCCACCAUCUAGCCCUGUCAAGCCAGCACCGGUAAGUAUUCUGUGUUUGUUGUACUUGUUUAGGAGUGGACCCUAAAAUAAAAGAGUCAAGGCUCAAAUUUAGAUUAUUAGCUUUAGAUUAAGUAGUUCUAGAAAGUAUAGUUGGCUGCCAGUAGGCUUUUUUGGUUUUUUCAUCGAACUGAGUUACUGAAUUAGAGCGCGAAAUGGGCCGGAAACCGGCAGAGACCAGAGGCGAAGGCUUUGGCCCGAGCGCGCGUGUUUUGAUCGACGGCGUAAUAGAAAUGAUGGGCUACUUGUACAGAUAUAGUGUAAUAGGAGAUCCUUACUCACAGGCUACCAUGUGUUUGGGAGGCCGGCGCGAGUAAAUCUCUCCAUAUCCUCUGUGAGGGGCUGUUUUCCCUUAUUCGUGUUGCACCCGUCAAAAGGUGGGACUAAAGCUGCGCUCGAAGACUACCUCACUUCGCCUCUUUGUGUUCUUCUCCGCAUAGGCCUCCACACGUACUUCAAUUCCUUGAAAAGUGUCUGGUCUGAUUGAUGACGCAUUUUUCCAGGGAAGGGACUAACCCCAUCGCCGAACCCCCAAUCUGGAGGGCCAGGCAUUGAAUGAUCCGUCUGGCUUUUCUCCCAAAACCUGCCCAGUAUGGUUGAAUCCACCAAGGAUAUAGGGCCACCUGGUAUAGCUUCCAGGAUCACCAAGGCACUCAAACCUGCCCCACCAAGUUAAGGAGCAACGCUUAGGGAAGUUCAAAGACUACCAAUGUUGUGGUUGCAGAAAAGGGAGAAAGCUCUACGGGCCCUGAAUGCCAGAGGUCUUCCCCCUUACCAUCCGUGCGCCGCCAAAGAGAAAAAACCCUCUGGCACCCACUGUAAAGAAGCAAGAGAAACACUCGAUAAUUCGUUCUCCAGCAACGAAUUCUAACACGGAUCAGCACUUACAGUCAACUCCCUCUAAGACGGACACCUUUGGGACCGGCAGUAAGUGUCCGUCUUAUAGAGAGUCAAAUAAAGGGAGUAAAGAAAGGCAGGGACCAACUCUAGGUGUCCGUUUCAGGGAGGGGUCCGUCUCAUAGAGGUGUCCGUUAAGAGAGAGUCGACUGUAUAUUUCUAUUUUAUUGUGUUUUUUUCUUUUUUUUCAGUUUGGACCUCACUUAUUGAAGCCAACAAACGGGAAACGUCGUUCAAGUACUGGAUUACAGAGAACAGCAACCAAACCAAGAAGUCCUUUGGUUGAAGUCUGCUGA